AUGGCUCACUCCGACCCAAACAUCCCGUCCUCCUCAGCCGACUCGGACGACUUCGCCCCACGCAACAGCAGCUUCUCCGCCUACGACCCGAGCCGCCUCUCGGGGGAAGGCUCCCCCAUGAUGAUGUCCCCUUGGAACCAAUCUCCCUUCGCCAAGUCCCCUUGGUCCGACGCUGCUGCCUCUUCCGACCCACCUGCGGCCGUCCCCCAGACGGGUCUCGUCGGGUCCCUCGUCCGCGAAGAGGGCCACAUCUACUCCCUGGCGGCCAGGGACAACGUCCUCUACACGGGCUCCGACAGCAAAAACAUCCGCGUGUGGAAGGACCUCCACGAGUUCUCGGCCUUCAAGUCCAACAGCGGCCUCGUUAAGGCCAUCAUCAUCUCGGGGGACCGCAUCUUCACCGGCCACCAGGACGGGAAGAUCCGUCUGUGGCGCGUCGGCCCCAAGGACCCGAGCGUCCACAAGCGCGUCGGCACCAUGCCCACCUUCUUCGACAUCUUCAAGGCCUCCGUGCGGCCCCGGCUCAACUACAAGGGCAAGCGCUCGUUCCCGAUCAAGCACACGGACGCAGUGUCGUGCCUGAGCAUAGACGAGGAGGAGGGACUCCUGUACUCGGCCUCGUGGGACCGCACGUUCAAGGUGUGGCGGGUGGGGAGCUCCAAGUGCGUGGAGUCGGUGAGGGCCCACGAGGACGCGGUGAACUCGGUGGUGUCGGCUGGGGGAGGGGUGGUGUACACGGGGUCGGCCGACGGGAAGGGGAUGGAAGGCUAUUCUAACUGGGACUCUAUACCCUCCGCCAAGUACUGA